UCCAACCUCACCUGCGAGAAACAAACCGAAGUCGUCUUCCCAACUCUGCUGCCUCGUAGUAAUGGCGCCGAAGCCGAUUGCCAGUCCCGUUCCAGACGCGUGGUUCCCUUCCCUAUCGGUCUUCAUGCUCGCUAUCGGCCUCUUCGUCACCGCCUCAUUCUUUAUCUAUGAAGCAACCUCUUCCAGGCGAAACCGUAGUCUUGCCAAGGAGCUUAUCACAGGAGCGGUGGCUUCUGUCUUCUUGGGUUUUGGGUCCUUGUUUUUGCUGCUUGCUUCUGGUGUUUAUGUCUGAUUUUUUAAUGUUGGACAGGAAAAAAUUAUGUCAAGCAGGAUUAGUUUUAC